AUGACAUCGAUUAAGCAGCAGAUUCUAGAUCAGUUCGAAGUCGUCCGCAGACAUAGAGACGAAGCCCAGAAUGACCUUAGUCAGGCACAAGAAACAAUCACUCUUUUAGAAGCUGAGCUGGCAGCUGUCAAAUACUAUGGCGACCUAGCCUACGCAAAAGUUACUGAGGAGCAGGGGAUAUCGAAAAAACAAAUAGAGCAUACACCUGAAGUCAAAGUCUCAAACGCAGCUACAUGGAUUGAUGACGUCUGGUUCUGCACCUCAGACCACACCGACAUACUGCGACCAGCUGAAGAGGCCUGGGCAAAGAAUCUACAUAAUCCACAGUCCGCCAUUCUACUUGUUACCGAAGCACUGAAAACAAAACCUGCCAAGAAGGAUCGUCUCCGAUGCAAGCUGUUAAUGGUAGCUAUUCAAGUCUCCGCCGGCUUACCAGAGCCAGCGUGUGCAGGCGUGAACGAAUGUAUCAAUGAAUGUGGAACCGAUCCUCGUUUCAAAGAUAUUGCGGGCAUCGCCUACUAUAUCAGAGGUCGUAUCUUCCUAGCACUGGAAUACUACCGACUCGCACAUUGGGACUUUAGCAGAGCUGUGUUUACCAAAGGCUACCACGAGCAGGUGAAGAAGUGGCAGGGCUACUGUGAAACAUGCAUCUUGGAAGGCAAAGGCGUAGGCGAAGGUGGACAAGAGGAAGUGCUCCAGAACGAAGCGGUGCAAGAAGAUGUCCAGUGGAGCUCCGACGGAGCCAAUCCUUGA